AUGAUCUUUGUAGCAACCUUUCUCAAUGUCGUGCAAACUUCUUUUGAUCGGAUAAAUGAAGCACUUGAAGGAAUACAGGAACUGAGUGAUUUUAUUAAUGAAUCUCAGCAACAAAGAGGUGAGAGAGAGCCAGCAGAAAACGCCCAUCAGAUGUUUGGUGAUAUUCUUAAUUCAAUCGCACGUAAUCAAGAACAAUCUGAACGUGAAUCAACAAGUGCAUUGGAAGGUAGAUUACAUAGAGUAGGACAAGCCCGUAGACGGAGUAGAUUCGGCGAAAGGUCUGGUAUGAGCCACGUUGUAAUCGAAAAUCCAAGAGUGAGACGUGUUAGACCAUAUAUAUCACCACUUGAUGAAUGCAGGGAGGUUAUUCGUCCCAGUACAAGUACUGCAACCAAUUUGGUAAAGAUGACUUGUUCAGAACCAGCAGAAAUUAUUGUCACUGAAGAGCCAAGACCUAAGGUUAGGAAAGUGGUCGUAGUAUCAACAGCAAGAAGAGUAAGACCAGCAAGAAGAAUACACGUUUCUAGCAGCAGAAUCAGAUUGAAGAAUAUCACUACACCAUCAAUACAAAAUGGUAGGAUGUCUACGACUCUUAGUAUAAUAGGAGAUGAUCUGGAUAGCUUCAUUGAAAAUUAUGAGUUUGGGGUAAUAUUUCUAGACCGAUAUAACGAAGAAAUUGAUUAUAGACCAAUUGAACCAUCAACAUACGGACAAAAUCCAAAACAGUUCAAAGUGGUUAUGAAGAUGUUAGAAGGUACCACCAAGAUCACUUUUAUAGCAAGGUGUUUAACAAACGAUUAUUCAGAUCAAUAUUACACAAGCUAUAAGUACGAUCACGUCAAAAAGAGGUUCAUGUUGGCGUAA